UCUGCACAAUGUCAGUGUCAGUGGAAGGUCGACUCGCUCGCAGUCAGCACGCAGCAUGAGUGCGCCCGCCGCUCGUGUCUUGGGUGCGCUCAGCAUCCUCAUCGCCCUCGCUCUCAAGAGUCCCGUCGCGGAUGCUGCAACAGUCAUUCCUGGAGGCAUAGGUCCGUUCCGAGUUGAGUUGCGAAAUGUUGCCAACUGCGGCGUUCCUGAAAAAUGCAAUCAUCCAGAGAAAAUGGAAGUCGCCAACAUGAAGGUCGCAAGAGAUCCCGACAAUCAGUACAAGUACACUUAUAACGCAGACAUAAAUUCGACAGUUGCAGUCGACGACAGCUAUAAGACAGAGGUCAGAGUAUCGAGGUGGAGCGGGAAUGGGUGGACCAAUAACGUCUUUAGGAUGACUGUCGCGAACCCGUGCUCAGCAUUUAAAUCACAUCGUCCAGAUAUCUUCAAACAGGUGUCUGACCUGUACUACGACGGCAGUGUCACCGACUGUCCCCUACCCCCUGUGUCAGCACGCGUGCGAGACUUCACCGUGGAGGCGAAGCCACCCAGCAACAUCAAGUCACUUCCUUACGGACGAUUUCGGGCAAGAAUAAAACUCAUAGACCCUAAUCACGAAUGCAUCAGCUGCUACGAUGUGGUCACAGAUGUGCUACCUAAACGACGCCAAUAGCGCAUAGUUCUGAACAACUGGCGACCAGUCAGUGACUCAUUACGUUAAUAUCAUUUAGCAAUCAAUUAAAACGUCUAAUUAUCUGCUAGUCUAAUGCAAUUUCAUUUUUGGCUGAAUUUGUAAAUUAAUAUAAUUUUGUAAUAAAGGCUGAUAGGAGGGA